AUAAACAAAACAGUCGAUGUUAAAAGUGAUCUGAUAACAGAAGUGCAUCGUUAGUUGCUUUUUGUUCGUAUGGUGGUAAAUAUUCCCAACUGAUAAGGCUUCUUAUCGUAUUUCUGCUAAGAUAAUUCUCAACUAGCUUUGAUUUUAUGAGAACUAUCCCUUCUUGUUUUGUUUUAAUUCUGAGCAUGAACAUAGCGGCGAGUGCAACUGGUGGAUGAGUGUGUUGACUUGUUUUGACGUGCGUGAAACGAAAAGAAAAGUGAAUCGUCAGCUAGCUACAAGGUAGGAUGCAGCCAAAGAGCGUCGCAAAUAAUAGAAGUUCUGGAGGAAAUUGUUGAAAGCAAAGUUAAAAUACCCGUUUCAAACCCAAUUUUCUGUGUAGAUAUAAACAUUUUCGUAAAAGGAAGACCAACUUUUUCAAAUAGUGUAGUUUCUACCAUCGCCGGGUGUAAGAACAUGGAAUUUGCGGAGCUGAUCAGAACUCCCAAACUAGACGGCGUCCAGCUGUACGAACAGCUUCGCCGGGAGUCCAUCGAUGGAACGCUCUGCAUCACCGGCCAUCAUCUGAUAUUGAGCACACGGAAGGAAGGCGCUCGCGAACUCUGGUUGCUGCUUCAAAACGUUGACAUUGUCGAGCGGAAGCCCUGCAUCGUUAACAAUGUUCUCGAGGGUGGAAUCAUCACGCUCAAGUGUAAAGAUCUCCGGAUCAUACAGCUCAGGAUCAACUCCCCGCAGGAAUAUUUCAAUAUAUCAGACUCGAUCGAACAGCUGUCCAACUUGGAGGAAACAAAAAAGCUGUAUCCGUUCUUCUACAUUCCGAUGUACAACGUGAUGCAGGAUGGCCACACCGAGUACACAAUCGAGACUGAAUACGCAAAACUGCUGGCCACCGACGAGUGGCGCCUAACAACGGUCAACCAGGACUUCAAGCUGUGCCCAACGUACGGCGCUCGAUUACUAGUACAAAAAUCUAUCAGUGACGAACAGAUCAUUCAAUCGGCGGCAUUCCGCGACGGUGGAAGAUUUCCGUUGCUGGCCUACAAACAUACCAACGGUGCGGUAUUGUUGCGCUGUGCUCAACCCCUUGCUGGGCCCGGCGUGAAGCGCAGUCGGGCGGACGAAGCAAUUCUGAACUCGUUGGUGGAACCCGGUGGAAAGAAAGGCUGCAUCUUCGACACGUGGGGCAAAACGAAGAGCACCAACACCGAAAUUGAACCGCACUACCCGCAGUGGCGUGUUCUGAGUCGCCCGAUCGGAUCGCUGUCGUCCAUCUCCAGCUUGUUGGACAGUUUCGUCAAAUUGAUGGAAGCCUGCAACGAUGUGGUUAUCAGCUCGGAUAGGUGGCUGUCGCGACUGGAGAGCUCGUGUUGGUUGAGCUACGUCCUGAACGCAAUGAACGUGUCCUGCGUGGUGGCCCAAUGUCUAGCGUUGGAGGGCGUGCCGGUGGUGGUGCACGGCGGCAAAGGGCUGGACAUUCCGCUGAUCGUCACAUCGGUGACGCAGAUCAUCCUUAAUCCAGAUUGUAGGACAAUAAAAGGAUUGCAAGCCCUAAUCGAACGAGAAUGGCUGCAAGCGGGCUACCCCUUUUCAACGCGACACAAACAUUCCUGUUACACUCCGUCAUCGCAGCGACACAAAACAUCAAGCGCCACGUUUGUUCUCUUUCUGGACUGCGUGUUCCAGCUGUACCACCAGUUCCCGUGCAGCUUCGAGUUCGACUCCCGCUAUCUGAUAGUGCUAUUCGAGCACAGCUACAGCAGCCAGUACGGAACGUUCCUCGGCGACUCGGAACGUGAACGAGCGGAACUGCGGGUUCGGGAGCGGACCACCAGCCUGUGGAGCUACAUUAAUCGGCCGGAGGUGAUCGACACGUUGCUCAAUCCGAUGUACGUCCCGAACGCGGCCGUCAUAUGGCCCUCGGUGGCACCGAUCAGCAUCGUGCUGUGGUCGGAGGCCUACACGCGGUGGGUUAUCGAUCAGAGCGUGCUGCGAACGAGUCGGGACCGCAUGCUGGGUAUCGUCAGCGAGGAACGCGAACUGGAGAAGAAGGUGAAAAAGCUUCGCCGGGAGCUGGCGGAUUUGCAGCAGGAGUACGCCCGGCUGAAGCUGCAGGAGCUGAUGCUGCUGUCGGACGAGGGUGGCACCGAGGAGGACGACGCCGACGUCAGCGACACUUCUUUAGGUACUCACUGUACUGCUGUUGGCACUCGGUGGACGGACAGAACCACUUGUUCUCCUUCGCCGCUUCUGCCGUAACGCCCACGCACCGCGUAUGGAACCAGCGGUCGCAGUUAUCGCACCCAAUCAUCUGUUCGUCAACUUCAGAAGUUGUUCCGCAGGACCCGCAGGCAGUCAUCGUCAUCUCCGCUGCUUCCGACAUCGCUUCCGAGGUUGUCCGAUAUUUCUUUUUGAGAAUGUUCGGAAUCGGUCCAAAGAAAUACUAUUUUUUCUGCAGCAGUCUUGUGAUCAGCUCAAAGUAUCUAUGUGAUUUCUAAAUCACAUUCCUAGCCGAGAAAAUGAAACUAUUAUUUAAUUUAA